AUGGACUUCCUCGACGAGCCGCUCGAUCAACACAUUCUGAGCGCUCUCGCGGGCAACAUCGCGCAGAGUGCUCAGAGUUCAGGAGCUGCGGAACAGAGCGAGUACAGCGACGACCUCGCCCUCAUCCUCAACGGCCUCCCGUAUACCGACACGGACGAGCAGGACGACUGGACCGACGCCGAAAUCAACCAUGCGAUCGCGUUUGCUCACUACGUUUCUUCCCUCCCUAGUGACUCACCCUACCUUGCGUCUUCCCUCCCGCGACUGCGCGCCCUCCUCACCGGCCUCAUCCACCAGGGCAUCCCGACACGCCAAGAUGUCGCCGACAACGUCGUGAAUGCGCCGGGGAGCGACAACGCUCCCGGCAGCGCCACCAACGAGCAGGCACUCCUCCUGAUGUCGCUGCUCAAGGCGGUCCUCUGGAUCGGAUGGUCCAAGGAUGCCAUGCACCAGGACAGCCUGCGGGCCGACGUCGGCAUGGGCAUCGCGAACCUCCUCGAGACGGCCGAGCAGAUCAUGACGUCCGCCCUCGUUUUCUCCGGCGCCAUCCUCACCUGCGUGCACCAGGUUCUUUCGCACGUGCCUCUCCCACCCCUCCCCACCCCCGUUACUGCUCGCGUCGUGUCCGCCGUUAUCCAGCUGGGCACCCCAACGAAUCUCGUCAAGGCCGUCCGCGAGGCUGCCUCGCCCAACACGCCUGCGUUCAACCACCCAGUCUUCAACACGGCCCCGUAUCCCACGUGCCCGAGCGCAGUCGCCUUGCUUGUCACCGAGAUUGCCAAUGUCGUCCUUGCCUCCGCCGUGCUCCCGCCACCGCAGGUCGAGCACGAGGCUUUCUCCAGCGAGCCGGAAGCGACCUUCCAAGAGGGAACAGUGUCGACUGUGUGGAGGAACCAGACGAAGUCGCUACUCGCCGAGCCCGCGAGGGAGAUUGACCUCGACUCUUUCCCCGAGGGACAACAGGCGCUUGACGCCGCGAGCGAACUGGCGACGGACUGGUGGAAGGAGCUGAACGACCACGACCCAUCAGGCUUCACGGCCGGCACCGGCGUCGUUGACCGACGAACAACGAUGCACAGCAGCAUUAACGACAUCCAGUCCGAGGAAGACGUCUACUUAACCGUCUCGGUGCUGCACCUGCUGAACCUGCUCAGCCUGCACCAGAACGACAGACUGAGCGACCAACUGGCACGCCUGAAGCUGAUCCUGUCCGAGAACUCGACGGUCUCGGACGCUCGAGUGUUGCAGGCGGCGUUCGUGUGCCUGGCGAUCGUCGUGCGCAACCUCGGAAGCUCACUGACGCACCAUCUCCGUCGACUCUUCAUGUCGCCGCUGCCGGGACUCGAGAGCGAGUUGUCGCCGUCAGCAGGCGAGGUCUCACCGACAAUUGCUGCAGCAUCAACGUGUCUCGCCAUGUGCAUCGAGAUGUCGUCAAACGAUGACGCCAUCUCGUCGACGCUGUACUCGUUGCUCGGCGUGUUAAACCACGGAACAACGAUUGGACCGGGGCAAAACUCGAUCCGUUCCAUGCCGCUAGGUGGCAUGGGGGGCAUGGGAGACGGCAAGUCGUUCCAGUCAGGGAAGCGAACGGAUGAGCAGCGCAAGAUUAUCUCCACCAAUGCUGUUGAGAUUGUCUCCAGAUUGGCCUUGGAUACGCAACGUGAAGACCGAGUGCGCGGCGUUGACAUCUCGACAGAAUCGGCUAUUGUACAAAGCCUCGUUCCUCUCGCUCUUAACGCGAACGAUGAGGAUCUGCAGGAAGUCUACCGUGCCUUCUCCCAGAUUGCGCGAUCGUCCAACCCGGAGGACCCCCGACUGUCUUCGAACGCCGUGCUUGCUGCCCAGACAACGCUGGCGAAGGGCCUCGGCUCGCGGCUACAGGCUGCCGAUGGCUUCCUGCAGGAGCUGCUGACCGAUUUCGCCGAUCAGGGAACGCAGACACAGAUCGUCUACAUGGGUGCGCAGGGGCACGACGGGCGCGACAAGGACAAAAAGACGGCGCUCCUGCGAUCGAACAACGAGAAGCGUGCGGCCGACAUGAAGGCUCAGCUUGCGGCGCUGCUUCUGCCUAUUGCGGAAGUUUUGUCCCAUCCAGACUAUCACCCCGAGCUGAACCCGUCGCAGGAGUGUGUUGCCCUCUUCAGGAACUUCUGGCUCCUGUGUGUUGUGUUCAAUCUCAGCGGAUCGCGAUCACAGCUCUCUGAGCACGAGGCUUCCGCGCUCGCGACGAUCGCCGAGAAGACGCCCGUGCUAGUGCUGGAGAAGGCGAACGACUUCGUUGGUAGCGAGCUCGAGUACAACACGAUCCUCCGCAAGGACUUUGCGCACUCGAUUCACUCCAAGCUGCGUUCGACGCUGACCGAGGUCGUGCCGAGCAAGUUCCAGUCCGACAUCAGGGGCAUGAGCACGCCGCAGCUCGCCUUCUGUCUCGCGAUCAACGACCUCGAGGAGAUGCGCACACUGCGUUACCGCCCGUCGACGAUCCUGCAGUACUUCUGCAACGACUCGAUCAACAGGAGCGUGCUCGUGACGCCUCUGACGGGCAUCGCGAUCCGCCUGACAAACGUCUUCCUCAAGCAACUCAGCAUGCAGGUCGUCGAGCACAACAUGCCGAACACCGUGCCGGAGCAGGUCUGCAAGAUCCUCAUCGCAUGCACGCACCGAAUGAGGAAGGUGCGCGAGGUUGCCCUCGCCUACGCCAGCUCUAUUCUGAAGACGUUCACGGCGCUCAUGUGCGACCGCAGGGUCGUCUUCACGCUUCUGGAGAUCCUCACUCUGAUGCGUCGCAGCUGCGAGAUGCAGUACACCGACGAGCUCGAACUGACCGACGACUACUCUGUCCGCAAUGAGAUCGUGACGAACCUUUACAAUGUUGCCGAGAUGUGGCUCACGAACGCGAUCUCGCGCGCGCCGAUCGAGGUUCAGUCCAUGCUUCAGUCGUACCUCAACGAGUCCCGUGACGUCCUGCUCGUCGAUAGUGUUGAGAUGGGUCUUGGUAAUCUCGAAGAGCAUUCGCGCGCGGUGUCCUCGCUGGAGGAGCGCCAGGCGUUCAAGCAGCAGAUGGAGAAAGCUAUCCUCGGUGUCAACAAGAAGGGUGGCCUGUCGGUGGUCGAAAUCCGGAGAUUGCUUCUCCGCGCUGUCUCAGUUCUGAUUGCGUCUCCGCAAAUGGAUCCCGAUAUCCUCCACUAUCUUGUCGAGCUGCCGUUCGCGGCUUUCACUCCUGUAGCGGUUGCUGCGGGAGUGGACGCCUGGUCGUGGCUGCUGCGGCAGCGACCCGACGCUGAGGUUUCCCUCAUGGGCGAGAUCUCGGCUGGCUGGCUGGCCACUAUCAAGGCUCACAAGGGCAUCUACACCGAUCCCUUCGAGAAGCCGAUCGAGUACUCUCCCACCGACAAGAGGGUCAUGGACGUUGAGCUCAGGAAGGCUGAGCGUCUCCUGAAGCCGCACCUACUCCUCAUUCAGGUGCUGUCCAGCAGUUUCCAGGCUGUCAAGUACCGCGCGUCGGGAAUUAUGAUCUCCCUCGCGCGGAUGCUUCUUCGCUCACUCAACGCAUACGAGCACUGGAGCACCCACCCUCUCGCCCGUGAGGUGCGCUUCACCCUCCUCCUGUUCGGCUUCCAGGUCCUCGCUUCGAGCCGUAUGGAGACGUUGCUGGAGCUGCGCUACCGCGAUGCGCUUUUCCGUGCCGCGUUCUCGUGGUUCGCCAUUCGACCGCAGUGGUCGUUUGGCUCCAACCGCAUCCAGGUAGGAGCCGAGAUCAAGCUCCUGCAGGACUUCAUCGCGGCCGUGCGCGACGAUCACAUCCGUGCCGAUCACUGGACCACAUCGAUGAAUGAUCGCCAGCCUGUCUGGACCCUCACGGGCUCUACCAGCUUGCAGGACUACUGCAACCAGCACCGCGACCGUGUGCGCCUCAUGGAGCUUCUUGUCGAGAACGAGAUCAAUCGACUCAACGUCUGGGUCAACCCUGGCAACGACAAGGGUCGCAGUAUUCCCAACGCAGGUGGCAACAUCGAGGGCAGCGUUGGCAACGAUGAGUGGACGUCGCUCGUCCGCAAGGCGUGGAAGCAGUCGCCUGCCGUUGCUGUGCACAUGGGCGAGCGCUUCAAGCACCAGCCGGUAUGGGCCGAGAUCACGCGCCUCGUUCGCGGCAACCCGCGAGCGGUGCUUGAUGUCGCCGAGGCUAUGCCGUAUUUCAUUGGCGACAAGCUUGACCCGGCUAUCCGCGGACAGCUCAAGUACGCCCUCAUCUGGGACGCUCUGCCGCCGGUCGAAGCGCUGAACCUCUUCCAGCCGAGGUACAACAACAACCCAAUCCUCUUGCAGUACGCCAUGCGCGUUCUCGAGAGCUACCCCGUCGACCUCACGUUCUUCUUUGUGCCUCAGGUCGUCCAGGGCCUGCGCCACGACGCCUUGGGCUACGUCGAGCGGUUCAUCUUCGAGACGUCGCACAUCUCGCAGCUCUUCUGCCACCAGAUUAUCUGGAACAUGAAGGCGAACACGUACCGUGACGAUGAUGGUGAGGAGCCAGACCCGAUGAAGCCCCAGCUCGACCGCAUGGUGGACAAGAUUGUCGGCUCUCUCAGCGGCAAGGCUCAGGUGUUCUACGAGCAGGAGUUCGGCUUCUUCGCCGAUGUCACGAGCAUCUCGGGCAAGCUCAAGCCGUACAUCAAGAAGACGAAACCGGAAAAGAAGGCGAAGAUCGACGAAGAAAUGUCCAAGAUCAAGCUCGAGGUCGGCGUGUACCUUCCCUCUAACCCUGACGGCGUCGUCGUCGACCUGGACCGCAAGUCCGGCCGUCCCCUGCAGUCGCAUGCCAAGGCACCCUUCAUGGCGACGUUCAAGGUGCGCAAGCAGAAGAUCGACCUCGAGUCUGCCGACCUCGAGGCUGAGCUUGACACGGCCAUGGCGACGUCGAGCUACGACGUGUGGCAGAGCGCCAUCUUCAAGGUCGGAGAUGACUGCCGACAGGACGUGCUCGCGCUCCAGCUCAUUGCCAUGUUCAAGAACGUCUUCACGCAGCUCGGUCUGACGCUGUAUCUGUUCCCGUACCGAGUCACGGCGACGGCGCCGGGUUGCGGUGUCAUUGACGUCGUCCCUAAUGCGACCUCCCGUGACGAGAUGGGUCGCGCCCAGGUCAACGACCUGCUCGAGUACUUCAUCGACAAAUAUGGCGGUCCCGACACGGUGGCGUUCCAGCGCGCGCGCCUGAACUUUAUCCAGUCCAUGGCGGCGUACUCUGUGGCCUGUUACAUCCUCCAGAUCAAGGACCGACACAACGGAAACAUUAUGAUCGAUGGCGAGGGGCAUAUCGUGCACAUCGACUUCGGUUUCCUGUUCGACAUUGGACCUGGAGGCAUCAAGUUCGAGGCUGGCUCGUUCAAGCUGAACAAGGAGAUGAUUGCGCUCAUGGGCGGUGCCGGCUCGCAGGGCUACAGCAUGUUUGUUGAUCUCACUAUCAAGGCGUUCCUCGCGAUCAGACCGUACGUCGACCAGCUCUGCGACACCGUCGCGCUCAUGCUGGGCACCGGCCUUCCAUCGUUCAAGGACGACGGCACGAUCAAUCGCCUCCGCGACCGCUUCGCGCCAAACCUGAACGAACGCGCUGCGGCUGAGUACAUGAUGGGCGUCAUCAACAAUGCGUACCAGAAUAAGCGAUCAGACAUCUACGACGGCUUCCAGAAACUUCAAAAGUAA